AUGCGUUUCUUCAACACUUUUAUAGUAGUGGCCUGUGCAUCGGUGACGACAGUCUUCGCCGCGGACAACUCGUUCAACGUCUCCAUAUACUAUCAGCAAAACGGGCAAUACAAGCAGCAGCGUGUGUGGUUUGGCGACGGUCUGAUGUACGUCGGCCCCACGGUGCCACCCAGCGUCAAAGUAGCAUUCAAUUUCACCGUACCCAAUAACCGCGCCGACCUCCUCUACAUCCUCCCUGUUGGUUCCGCGCCCCUUCUCCCAGACCCAACCUUCCUCGUGCUCAAUAACAGCGCGGGUGCCACCGAACCUGUCGCCUUCGCCCACACGGCCGCCGAUCUGCCUGACUACGAGAUCCUGUUCUGGACCCGCUACGAAAUAUUCCUGUUCCCCAUCCAGUCGGACGGCAGCAUCAACAAUUGGUUCUUUUUGGGCGAGACUGAGGUCCCCGAAACUUAUGCCGUGAAGUGGCGCACGGGCGGCUCCCAGGGGAAGGCGCCGAAUGUACCACCCUCGGGUAGUUUGGUGGGGAUUGGGGUUAGUUUGAGUACUUACAAUUUAUGA